ACCGCCAUCAUUCAUCUCGUACGUUCUCUCAAUCGUCGACGCACAACCCCGUAAUACUCUCAAAAUGGCUCCAGGAGGAAAAUCCGCAGGCAAGGCUAUGAAGAAGUCCGGCAAGGCGCAAAAAAACAUCACCAAGUCCGACAAGAAGCGCAAGCCAAAGAGGAAAGAAUCGUACGCCAUCUACAUCUACAAGGUGUUGAAACAAGUGCACCCCGACACCGGCGUCUCCUCGAAGGCCAUGAGCAUCAUGAACAGUUUCGUCAACGAUCUGUUCGAGCGCAUCGCCGCCGAAUCCAGUCGUCUGGCCCACUACAACAAACGGUCGACCAUCACCAGCCGGGAAAUCCAAACCGCCGUCCGUCUCUUGUUACCCGGUGAAUUGGCUAAACACGCCGUCAGCGAGGGAACAAAGGCCGUCACUAAAUACACCAGUUCCAAGUAGAUUUCUCCCGCGAUCCGCUUGUCAAUAAAACGGCCCUUUUCAGG